AAACAAAGCAUACUUUCCUGUCGUCCUGUUGUAUGGAUGUCUAGUCUAUAAACAAAAUAGUUAUCUCAACAGAAGUUGCAUAUUUUUUCAGUGAUUUGUUAUACAUAAUUUCAGUGGUAGUACUGUCACUCCUGCCUUACAAGUUUAAUUAAAGUAAUAACCAUGAGGUCACAGUGGCUUGCAGUGGUGUAACUUUCAUAACAAGGUUGUGAAAUUCAUCUGUAAAAUAUAAGUCAUGCAUAUGGGGUCAUAGAUACAAAUGAAAAUGAAUAUUAAUGCAAAUGUUCUUGUGACUUCAUUUGUCUUUCUGUUUGGUUCAAAAGUUGGAGGGGGGGACUUACACAAGAGUACAGCUUGAUCCCAUAAGCCUGCUUUAUUUUAUUACGAAAGGAAAGUAUGCUAAGAAAAAUGUAAUCAGAAUGGAAGGAAAUAUUUCAAGAAGCUAAGAAUGAGUUGCUGUGAGUCAGAGUAGGGUUCUAGCCUAACAUUUUUCUGUUUACCAAUUCACUGUAACAUUGCUCCUGAAUUAAAAGGCACAGGAAUGAAAACUAAUUGUAUUAGAGUAGGUUUUGUGACCUACAUUUUACAGAUGUUCAGUAAGUGAGUGACCUGGUAUAUAUCAUGUCUGUUUUCAUUUUCAGUCCACAUACUUUUGGCAAAUUGAAGGUAACUGUAUCCACUGCAUCUGUUUUCAUCUCUGAUGACAAUUUUGGCUGUAAAAAGCUCAUCAUCAGUUUUUGAGAAAUAUCACAGCAAAAUGUGUAGUAUUUUUCUUUACAAAUGCAGCCAGUCUGAUCAAACAAUUUAUACUUCUAGUAAAUGGACAUUUUUGUUGGCAGUUUCCUUCCAAAUACCAUACUGCACUGUAACCACAGAUGUAGAGUGGUGAAACCAGAGCACACAUUUAGCUAUUUCUACUUCAGACAUCAUUCUGACAACUGUGUAGUUCUUCAUUUGGAGAAAUUUGGAAACUAAAGUGGCACAAAUUACAAACUUGAUAAUAUAACCUACUCAGAUGCAUUUAGUUUUCAUUAAUCUGCCUUUUGUUUAAUGAACAGUGUUACAGGAAAAUGGUAUACAUUUCAUGCAUUUCACUGGGGAUAAACAUGAUCUGAAGAAAGAUCUUAGAACAGAUGGGUAUAUGCACUGCAUGUAACUGGCUAGUAUCGUCCAAAUGGUUAUUCUCUAUUUGUUUAACAUACCGCAAGAUACAAUCUUAACAUGACUUAUCAGCAGUUUCGGAGAGGCUGUUGCAUCAGCCACUCCUUUCUCUGUCUGAUAUUUUCAUGUGUUGACAUCAUACACUUCAGUUUUUAGUUAGACAGUGUAAGAGUCAGUUCAUAAAAGUGAUGUAUAACAUGAAGCAAGACAGUUUUAUUUCCAUAUUUACAUUAUAUUGAAAACAGGAGUGUUGUGGUGCAUAUAGGUAAAAUGAAGUUGAUGAUCAUGUGGGUCUUUGUUGCUGCAGUUAUUCAAACUGUGCUUCUGUCUUCAGCACAAGAACAGAUGGGAUGUCCAGAAAAUUUCACUCACAUAUCAGGUAAAUGCAUAUAUGUGGGCCCUCAGACAGAUUGGUUUACUGCACUGAAAAGAUGUCAUCAAGCACAAGCCAAUAUUACUCUGAUCAACAUUAGCAUGGAUGAGCUGAUACAUAUUGUUACAGUCGAGUUGAGCCAAGAGAUCAAUUCAUUGUGGAUUGAGGCAAAGAGGAAUAGAAAGUUUGACCCCAUAACUUAUCAACUUCCAUCAAGCAGUUAUUAUGGAAAGAACUUAAUCCAGGAAAAGAACUUUGAUGGCAUAUCAAUCAAAUGGGCAGAAAAUGAACCUGUACUUAAUGAAGAAGAUCUCUGCAUGGUAAUCAUACUUGAUAGAAUGAAUGAUGAUGCAUUUCUCCAUAGUAAGUUGGAUAAAUGCGAUAAGGCUGUCCACAACUUUGUUUGCAUCACCUAUCCAUGUGAGAACCAAAGCGGUGGGUGUAGUAGACAGCAUCCCAAAGUACACAAAAAGAAAGGCCAAGAAAAUUCCAUUCUUGUUCCUCCAAAGCUUGAGAUAAGGAAGGAAAACAACACAUACUUUCUAGAUGUAUAUAGCCCAGAGAACCUUUGGGGCUUUGUCAUCAGUACUAGAAGAAUAAGAAAUCCAGUAUGUAUAAUAGAAGAUGGAAAUCCAUGGGUCGAUAAUAUGUGUUUGCUGGACCGACGCCAAGUAUUGUCUUGGGAAAGUGAAAACAGUACACUUGGAAAUACAGUCCAUUAUUCUCUUAGCAAAGCAGUGUUUAGAAUCAUCUCAGAAAAUGAAGGUUAUGUCACAUGCAGAGCUUUUGUUGCAGACACUUUCAAUGAAAUUGUGACAAAAAGGCAACUAUUUAGGUCAGACGACAAGGGUCUUAUUUUUGCAGUUGCACUGAAAAAAUGGAUAAAUGGUUGCCCUCUCACGUUGUGUGAGCCAACCUAUAGUUUGCAGAAAUGGCAAUCACUUGCUGAGGACCUAUCACAAAGACUUAAAAAAUACAAAGAAUUUAGCAGAAUUACAGUGCGUCCGAUCAGAAUGUCAGAAAGGACUGAAAAUACAAUCACACUUAUAUUCCGCAUCAAAAUCUUCUCUGAAGCAUUUCAAGGGGAGAUUGAAACUGAUCAUUACCACUUAAACAAGCUCAAUUCUAUAUUUAAAGGCAUUUUAUCAAGUAAUUCUGAUGGUCUGACAGAUGUUUUGUAUGUCCGGAGUACAAAGUUUUGCCAUGAGGAAGAAGCAUAUGGCAACAAAAUACUGCACUGGCCAGUGGCUACCAUUGGACAAACAGUUCUACCCAGUGAACUAUGUGUCGAUGGGGAAGGAGUUCCUGUUCAUAGGCAGUGCAUUGGAGAUUUUGUUGUGGGAGCUUUCUGGUUUGAUCAAAAUAAAAAUAACAGGACACUAUAUAAGUGUGAAGUGCCAUCACUGAGAGCUAGCUUUCUGCAUAAUCUUUCUUUACAAGCAGAAAGAAACCAGGAUGCUACCAAAACCCUCAAAAAGUUACAAUUUGCUCUUACUUCCCAAGAUACCAGGAAGUUUGGCAAUGUCACCCAUUUUACUCCAGCUGAAAUCCAAUAUGCUGCCAACACUUUGGCAAACCUUAAGCACAGAAUUCUAUAUGACUCAGAUUUGCCAGUCAUUGCCAAUAUCACUGAUGCUCUACUGAGAUUGUCUGUGAAUGAAACAGAUAUCAAUUUUGAAGAAAACAACAUGACACAUAAAGUGACCAAUGCCAGCAAUAUUAUUUUGGACUCAGUUGAUCAUAUGUUGAAUAAAAUAAAACUUAACUACAAAGAAAUGUCACUGGUUGUCACACCAAGAUUUGUGACCUUAGUUAUGGAUGUAGAAACAAAUUCAAAAGCAAAAGGAGGACUUCAAGGACUUGCCGCUGUGAAAGCUUCCAAAUAUUCUAACAAGUACUUCAAGAAAGAGGACAUCAUGAUCAUGUCAUGGAAUGAGAGUGUUGAAACUCUUCUUGCUCUGGAAGUAUCGGCUGCUGUGUUAUUGCCUCCACAACUUACACUGGAGCAAACAGAAGACACGUGUGAUACUUUCCAUCUGAAGACUUGUAAUAGCUCAGAAGUUUUAAGAAAACAUCGCCUGGUCAUAAAUCUCUUCUGGGAUGAUAGUUUCUUUGCAUCUAACAACGUUAGAAUUAGAAGGCCUUUACAUGUCAUGAGCAUAACAUUAGAUGGAGUGAAACAUACACAGCUGAAUCCUCCUCUGAUGCUCAUAUUCCACAGGCCACGCAACAUUCUGCCACAGGACAGAGAGUGUGUUUUUUGGGAUUUUGAUGCAAAUUCAAGGCUUGGCAGAUGGUCUGAUAUUGGAUGCACACCUGCUGUUAAACUCAGUGGGGAUCACACAGUGAAAACAGAUGUUUGUAUUUGUACCCAUCUGACACAUUUUGGUCAGCUUCUUUCUCCCAUAGCUGAAAAGGAGGUGGAUGUAACGUUAGACAUAAUUACAAUUGUUGGGUGCUCAAUCUCCUUAUUUGGUUUAUUUGGGAUUGCAGUGACAGCUAUUGCCUUUCCUGACUGGAGACAUGGUGCUAGUAAAAAGAUCCAGCUUCAUCUCUCUGCUUCCCUUGGCAUACUAAUGUCAGUUUUCCUUCUAAAUGCCUCUCUAUUCAUACCUCCAAAUGAAUCUCAAUUCUGCCUUGUACUGGGAGUAGCAAUGCAUUUUUCCUUAAUGGCUACAUUUUGUUGGAUGCUUGUAGUGGCAUGGUUUCAGUAUCUGCGCCUUACAAAACCAUUAACUUCUCUGUGCCGCACCCCUCAUAUUCUACUCAAAACAACAAUCUUUGCUUGGGGCUUUCCCUUUGUCCCUUGUGGUACUUUGUUGAUUGUUUCUCCUGACUCUUAUAACUCACCACAAUGUUACCCAAAAGGGAUGGCACAUUACCUCUCUGUUAUUGCUCCUGUAUCCAUAAUUAUGUCAUUAAACAUAGUUAUGUUUGUCCUGAUCACAUGUUCCAUAUACAAACUUGGUAAAAUUGGAGUGCAUGCAAAUUGUGAAUUACAAUUUUCAAACAAACAACAAUGCAAACAGAGCAUUGCUUACAGAAAGUUAAGCACUCUUAUUUUUCUCUUUUUUCUUCUUGGUCUGUCUUGGAUUUUUGGAAUUUGGAAGCUUUCUUACUUAUUCUGUUGCACAGCCACUCUACAAGGCUUUGCCUUCUUUGUCUUUUUUGUUAUCUUGGAGAAAAAUACAAGAGCAAAAUGGAGUCAUCUGUUCACAAAAAAGAAAAGUGGUCCAGUUUAUCAUCUCUGCAAUAGAAAUAGUUCUGUAUUAGUGGUAAAAAGAUCAUAUGAAUACAAAAGGACUAGUCAAAAUACAGUAAGUACAUCAUCUUCCUUAAGUUGAAGACAGGAGAGAUCCAUGAGAAUUUUACCACAUAAAAUUGUCAGUAGUAUAUAAAUCAUUACAUUUCAAACACUUACAUCCAUUGCCUUGCACAGGCAGUGAAAUGCCAGUUGCAUGUGCAGACUUUGAUUCUUUUCCUUAUACAAGUGACAGUAGAUGGCACACUAUGUUUUAUUCCACAUAAAAUAAUGAAUAAUGAGCUUUAUUUUGAGAGUAAAUACAAUUUAACGUGGUUAAACUUGAACUUGUAUGAAACUGAUCUUUUCAAAUAGUAAGAAAAUACAAAGAUAUAACAGACCAAUGGAUUAACGAAAACAUAUGCUAAGCAAGGUAAAUAAAAUUCAAUCUUAAUCAGUUGUAAUCUUGCCUACACAAAGAAAAAAAUGUUAAUUCCUGCUUUACAUGUCUCCUCAGGUAUAUUUUAUAGAUCACUGCACCAAGUAAAAGUACAGAGAUGAUUAUGCAUGGAGAAUGAGAAGGGAGGCAGUUAGAUCCUUAAUAACAAAUAAAAUGCAGCAUAGGCCAGUAUGAUGAGGAAGCAGGGUUCAACAAGAUCUCACCAUUAUAGACUUUUUACAUCUUACACAAUGUGUAGAAACACAUCUGAAUUCAAAAUGUAUCACAUCAGUACAGAAACAGUGGUUUAAAGUUUCAUUCUUUAAAUACAUGUUUUGACUGGUUUCUUUUUAUGUUCCAUAGCAAAUUACUAACUUUAAAUAGAUUAAUCAAUCAACCAUUUAUGUUUGACAAGAGUGAGUACUACAUUGAACCUUUAAAAGCUUUGAAGUUCUUCAGUUUGUAUUGCUACAAAAUAAAAAUAAAUAAAAAUUAACCAUA